ACUGCGGCCGGAGAGUAAUUUCUUUUCUUAAUCGAUUCCUCUCACUCUCUCGGGGUCGUGUAGGACUCCGAUCUUCAUCGGGGAAUCGAGCUUCACGCCGCAUCUUAAUCUUCGCCAAUUGGAAUGGCGGGCACUUCUUCAAUUCUCAUUGGUCAACUUACCAUUGAUCUUCCAAUUGAUGCACCUGAAGGAACAACCAUAGAAGCUGAUGAAUUCUUAUCAGUUACUGAAUCUUUGAAGGGACAAUUCACUUCUAAACGUGCUGAUUAUGUAAAGAAAAGGACAGAAGAGAAUGCACAAAAGGCGUAUGAUUUGGGGGAAUUUUUUUUGAAGUUGUCAACAGAGAGAAAAAAUCUUAUAGUUCAUGGUGCGGAUAUUAGCAUUGAUCUUCUGUCUAAGAGACAGCAGGAUGUAAUUAAUAUGCAAACUCGGAUUGGUUCCAGCAAUGGAGAUAAUGAUAGCAAUAGUUGUGAAGAUGAUGGAUAUGCCUCUUCUGAAAUUCGUCUAGGAUCUAGCAUUGCUGUCAAUAGUGCUGUAUGUCCCAUUAUACUUCCUCAAGUGGAAAGACUGCCUCAAUAUACUACAUGGGUAUUUUUGGAUAGAAAUCAGGAGAUGCCCGUGAAUCAAUCAGUGGUUGGUUGUAGAAGAAUUUAUUAUGACAAGAAUAGUGGAGAAGCUCUAAUUUGCAGUGAUAGCGAGGAAGAAUUACUUGAAGACAAACAAGAAAAGAAGUUUGUAGAGUACGAAGAUGUUAUGCUGCGUUCAACUAUCCAACAAAUUGGCCUGUCUGAUACAGUGUUAGAAUUGCUAGGGCAGUUCUUGUCUAGAAAACCCAGUGAAGUCAAGGCAAGAUAUGAAGAUCUUGUUAAGGACAAACAUGAAUGCCCCUCAAAGAACGAGAACAUCCAAGGGACUCCAGAUUUAUUUCUUGACAAUGAUCUUGAUGCUGCUCUAGAUUCUUUUGACACCCUAUUUUGUCGUCGAUGCCUUGUUUUUGAUUGUCAAUCACAUGGAUGUUCACAGGACCUGAUUUUCCCGGCUGAAAAACAAUUGCCAUGGUGCUCUCCCGACGUGGAUAAGGAGCCCUGUUGUUCAAAUUGCUAUCGCCUGAAGGAAAGCGAAGCUGGAUUGACCCCCUCUCAGAUUGCUAAUCAUGGAGAAAACCAUGUCCGACCAUCUGAAAUUGCUAAUAAUACUGAGGUGUCUGGUAGGGAGCAUCUAUCAAGGACAUCAAAUUCUUGCGAAAGCGAAAGUGCUUCAUUGAUUGCAAAGAACAUCUCUGAGAAUAUCGGUUCAGAGCUUAGGCUGUUAUGUGACAUCACUACUGUUCAGCGUUCUGCUUCUCCAUCUAACAGAAAAUCUGAUAGUAAAGUGGGGAGCACCAAGAGAAUAGCUGAAAAUGUUCUAGUUGCCACUAAAAAGCGGCAAAUAAAUCUGAUGGCUGUGGAGUCUGACUAUAUAGCUUCUGGAAGUUUAGUGUCCAAAGACUUGAAUCUCCACUCUAAUUCACAUAAGGAUUUCAAAGAUGUUGGUUCAUGUUCACUAGAAUCACAACAACCUCAGUGUGGUAGAACUUCUAGGAGGGACGUCUCUCCAGUAUUGGGCAGUAAAAAUUCUUUGCAAGGUGAGGGUUUUGGUUGCCAAUAUGAAGAGGCUGCCAGUGAAAAAAAUGGGAUGAAUCACGACGACACAUUGAGGGAGAAUGAGUUUGGGGAUGAGAAUAACUGCAAUCAAGAAAUAGAUGGUGACAAACCAUGGAGACCACUUGAAAAGGCUCUCUUUGAAAAAGGUCUGGAAAUGUUUGGUCGGAGCAGCUGCAUGAUUGCUCGAAAUCUGCUGAAUGGUUUAAAAACUUGUUGGGAGGUGUUCCAGUAUAUGAACAAUUCCGAGAAUAAGCUAUCCCUAGUAAGUGAUGGGGUGAAUGGAAUGUUUCAAGGCUCUUUUAAGGGUGAUGGCCAUACAAUCGUGGGUAAUCAACCACGGAGAAAAUCUAGAUUCUUACAUAGAAGAGGUAGAGUUCGCCGCUUAAAAUACACAGGGAAAUCAGCUGGAUAUAAUGCACUUAGGAAAAGAAUAUCUCAGAGGAAAGACAAGCUUUGCCGUCACUAUAAUCCAUGUAAUUGUCAAGUACCUUGUGGAAAAGAGUGUCCUUGUAUCGUAAAUGGGACCCCCUGUGAAAAAUAUUGUGGAUGCAAGAGUAUCAAGAAUUGCAAGAAUCACUUUCGUGGUUGUUUUUGCAUAAAAGGUCAGUGUAGAAGCAGGCAAUGCCCUUGCUUUGCUGUUGACAGGGAAUGCGAUCCUGAUGUUUGCCGAAAUUGUUGGAUCAGCUGUGGUGAUGGGACUCUCGAUAUUCCUCCACAAAGAGGUGACAAUAAUGACUGCGAGAACAUGAAGCUUCUUCUCAAACAACAUCAAAGGGUUCUUCUUGGACGGUCUGAUGUGUCUGGAUGGGGUGCUUUCUUGAAGAAUAGUGUUGGAAAGCAUGAGUACCUUGGAGAAUAUACCGGUGAAAUAAUCUCACACCAUGAAGCUGAUAGGCGUGGAAAGAUUUAUGAUCUUAUAAAUUCUUCAUUUCUCUUCAAUUUGAAUGACCAGUGUGUGCUUGAUGCUUAUCGGAAAGGUGACAAGUUGAAGUUCGCAAACCAUUCUCCUGAUCCAAAUUGCUACCCCAAGGUUAUUAUGGCUGGUGGAGAUCACAAAGUUGGUAUAUUUGCCAAACAAAGAAUUUGUGCAGGAGAGGAACUCUUCUAUGAUUAUUGUUAUGCGCCAGAUACACCACAUGUCUGGGCAAGGAAGCCUGAGGCACCCACUACAAGAAAGUUCUUCUUGGAAGAUCUGAUGUGUCUGGCUGGGGUGCUUUCUUGUAGAAUGGUGAUGGAAAGCAUGAGAACCUUGGGGAGCAUACUGGUGAAAUAAUGUCACACCAUGAAGCUGAUAAGCCUGGAAUAAUUUAUGGAUCGUGAAAGUUCUUUGUUUCUCUUCAAUUUAAAGGAUCAGGCAUGAGAAGCAACUUGCUCUUCAUACCUUGUUAAGUUACUCCAUAGGGUAGGGCCUCAGCUGUAGUCUUACGUGAAUCACUUGUCUUGUGUACAUGUAGUUUAUACAAUGAUGCUUAUUGGUGGAAGAGUGACAAGUUGAAGAUCUCAAACCAGUCCCUGAUCCAAGUUGCUACCCCAAGGUUAUUAUGGCGGCCGGUGUCACAGAGUUGAUAUAUUUGCCAAAGAAAUAAUUUGUGCAGGAGAGGAACUCCUCUAUAAUUACCAUUAUCAGCCAGAUACAAUGUCUGCCUGGGAUAGAUGAGGAGCUCUUCAAUGAUUAUCAUUAUCAUCUCUUUCUAAGAAAGAGUUUACUGUUACUUCAAGGGCUUUUCUUUUUUAUUGGCUCAUUCUUUUUU